ACGUUCUCCGUCCCCCCACUGAUGACUGACACGCAAAAAUAGCUAGGCAAGGGAGUCGUUUUGAGCAUCGUGGCGAAAUUAGAUUAGAGGGGACGCGCGGGGAAUUGCAGUCUACGAUAUCGCGCAUCGUAGGGACGCAGUUUCUGGACCAAAAUGGCGUAGAGGGGAAGGCUGAAGAUGGGCGUUCAAUCAUCCAGUCGACUGGCUGCCCAAGCGAAGCGCGGGGCUUCGCCGCGAUUCCGCCUCAUGUAACACUGCACUGCGCAAUGGCUCCUUCCUUCAUUUAUUCCCUCUCCCCCCCUCCCCCCAGCUUUUAUCUUUUUCAAUACACUAGUAAGAGCGCUCCGACGGAAACAUGCCGCCAUACAGAUACACACGCCUCCGAGACCCGGAGCUAGAGAUCCGUCUCCUGAUCAUUCAGCCUGGCGAGUUUGACGACAAGAUCAAAGCCACUCUCCAGCCGACUCCAUUAUUCGAAGCAAAGGCAGAUUCGAUCACGCGAAAGGUAUCCGUAGACGAGCUCCAGAAAACGGUUCCGCAAGACUGGCAGGUGUUCGAGACCCGUGAAGGUCGCAUCAUAUUCGACAGCGGUAAUGGGACGACUUGGGACCAUCCAGACCCAGACUUUCCUCGUGACCUCUACGAUCCGCAAAAGACAACCGAGGACGAGGACGCCGACCCCAAUCCCACGUUCGAAGCUCUCUCCUAUACAUGGGGUUCUCCUGACGAUCCUACCUCUGAAAUGGCCGUGAAUUCGUCAGAGAGCGAGCCUCACCACCCUUGUACAGGCACCAUAACAAUUAGGCGGAAUUUGGAUACCGCGCUGCGACAUUUCCGAUAUCCGGACCGAACUCGAACAAUGUGGAUCGAUGCCGUUUGCAUAAAUCAAGGAGACGAGGAUGAGAAGAGCAAGCAGAUUAGGCGGAUGGGAGACUUGUACAAGGCAGCACAUCGCGUUGUGGUUUGGCUAGGUGCGGCUUCAGAAGACAGUGCGCUGGCAUGCUCCGCGCUGGCCUAUCUUGGGGCGCAGAUGGUCGUGACCAAAGAUAAUCGCGGUCUACGUCAUCCAGAAGCGGUCGAGAAGGACUGGUGCUUUGCAAGACAUGAAUUGCCGUACGAGGAGUUAACGUGGCAGGCCAUACACAGCUUGCUCGCGCGUCCAUGGUUCGAGCGUCUCUGGAUAUGGCAAGAAAUAGUCCUUGCAGACGAACGCGCAACGAUCCAAUGCGGGUAUGACGAGGUUGCCUGGGUCGUGUUUCGCCGAGCUGUGAUUCGGCUACGAGUAGGGUCGCAAGUCAUCUCACCAGAGUUCAAACUGCGGAUUACAUUCGCAGACCAGCUUGCCUUCUAUCAACUGGGACAUCCGCUUUGGAGGCUUACGAAUGGAACCGGCGAACGCAAGUGCUUUGAGCCUCGGGAUAAGAUCUAUGCGCUGCUUGGUGUUGCACCUCAGGAAUACACUCGGGAAAUCAUCGUAGAUUACAAACGGCCAGUCGGCGAAGUGUAUCGAGAUGCCUUCAUCGCACAUCUCAAUACCUUCAACAACCUUUCGCUCCUCGCUCAUUGCUGCAUCACUGGCAGAAAUUUCGAAAUGCCAUCUUGGGUGCCAGAUUGGUCUGCGGAGAAGAGCAGUGUGCUCUACACACUAGACGGAUUCUUCGCAAGUGGCCAAUCGUAUGCGCACGCCACUUUUAUAAGUCCUGGUAUCUUAGAGGUCCAUGGAACUCUCUGCGCAACCGUCAAACGUGUGGCUACUGUCUGCAGCCAAGAACCAUCUGCGGCUUUUGACGAUGUCAAAUCGUGGACACCGGAGGGCCUGGAAGACGCCUUCUACAUCAACGGACAAGCAAUGCUGGAUGCUUACGUUGGUACUCUUGCUAUGAAUAGAACGUUCGAGUAUAUGAAGAUGUCGCAGUUGAUCAAGAUGGAAGACGCAAGGAAUAGGUUCUUGGCCACGCUUGGAGAUUCGAACCUCUCUGCUAAUAAAGAAUCUCUGCUAAAAGAUAGCUUUGUCGAAGCCGUUCUGAGAAGGUGUAGGGGCCGCACUUUCUUUGAAACCAAUGAAGGAUAUAUCGGGAUCGCGCCAGCGGAAGCGCAAGCUGGUGAUCGAGUUUGCGUGAUUCUGGGUUGCGGUCUUCCUGUUCUUCUCCGCCCUCUCGAAUCUGAGAAGUAUCAAGUCAUCGGUCUUCACUACGUCCACGGUCUCGUUAAUUCGGAAGGCUUAUUAGGUCCGAUACCGCAUCCUUGGACCGUGCAAGCUUGCUGGUCAUCAGACUCACGUUUCUAUGAGACCUUCACCAAUUCAGUAACAGGCGAGAUCCAGUCAGAGGAUCCGAGGUUAGGGUCCCUGCCCAUGUCGUGGCGACGGCUGGGCGAUGUAGACCCAGUCACGAACAUUCCAAGAGCAUCAGUCUUCGUGGACGAACGGACGGGUGAUCAAGUCACUCUCGAUCCGAGGCUAACCCCAGGUUGGCUAGGGAACCGAGAUGUGAAACUGAGGAAGUUCCAGUUAGUUUGAACGGGAAAUGCGAGGUUACGUACUACAAAGCACCCAGUUUAAAGCCAUGUGUACACGCCGAAAUCAAAGUCUUAUGCCAGCACCGUUGAGAUGAGCAUCGAUAGCGACUUUGCCUAAUGU